UGCUCGAAACGCUGCUCACUGACACUUUCGGUUCAAACAGCUCGAUGCUGUGUCGAGCAGAUUGACUCGAGCUUAACGUCACUACAAGAAACGGUCCCACAUACACGACGUCCACCAUGAAGUUUCUGCUGCUGCUCUUCUGUGUGAAUUUGGGGUCUGGAAUUUUACAGAAUGGAACUGGACAACAAGGAGGUGUGAAUCAGUUUGACACUUUAUUUAAUACAAGUGGACAAGACACAGGUGGACAAGACACAGGUGUGAAUCUGUUUGGCAUUUUAUUUAAUGCAGGUGGACAAGACACAGGUGGACAAAACACAGGUGUGAAUCUAUCUGACAUUUUAUUUAAUACAAGAGGACAACACACAGGUGUUGGCGUCACUGUUGAAGAAAUUAACAACAUGCUGAACGCCAUUCAAUCAACACCAUUCCUUGGUAUUUAUGGUGAUAGUAUGCAGGGUGAAUGUCCCAGUGGCCAACAAAGCAAAAGAACUCGGAUUCAGGCAAUGGGCUUCGACUUGGAUUUGUGGUCAGCUGUAAUGUGCACCUUUGCUGUGAUGACAACAGGUCCAGAUCAUUAUGCCCGACUGUAUAAUCCAGGUAAAACCGUUCCUGGAGUCAGCAUUCAGACGUUCUAUCUGCCACUCUAUGCUCACAACACAGCUAGUUUUAUGACCGUUCCUCGUACACUAAAUCCAACUUUCUUUGUAACUGCCACUCUGACCGGUUGUGACAUAUUUGUAGCCACUAGUGGGCAAAAUCUUAACUGCCCCCUGGUGGUCAUCCACACCAAUGCCUGUGGAACUAUGACAACUGAUACCAACCAUCAAGAAGCCAUUGCAGUCCUGUCUAUUGAUAUCUGUCACCAGCAACCGUACCAGAUCCAGUACCGUGUGGCCAGCAGUGAGCACCGCAGCAUCAUUGAACAUGGAGGGUACCACUACACAACUGAGUACUAUGAAACAUCUCAGUCAGGCAUCUUCUUUGGGUACACUCUGGGAAGUAGGUAUACGAGUAUAACAACUGUACCACCCUGGAUGUUCUGUCGGAAAAAUGGACUCACCACUGCCAUAGCAUGCCACAACAUUGCCUGA